AUUUUUAGCAUAGCUAGCUGUUGAGACGUUUUCGGUGUUCAGUUACAGCUAUGUCGAAGCAAAAGGAGGACGUUCUUCUGAUGGUCAAGCACGUACGCUACAAAAAAGUCGAUGGAACCCUAUACGUCAAUUCGGGCCGAGUCGCUUGGCGCAACCAGACAUCGGACAGCUUCAAGAUCAGUGCUGCGUUUGAAGAUAUCAGAGUUCAGCGUAUCAGCCCUGAUCAAAAGGAGAAGGUGCAACUUCAGCUUCUAAUGCACAAUGGGGAAUCGUUCACCUUUCAAUUUGCUGACCCAGCCGGAAGACAAAAGCAGUUGGAGAUGAGGAACAGUGUUAAAGAAAUGCUCCAAGGUCUACUUCCGAAAUUUAAAGACAAAGCCCAUUCAGAACUCAAAGAAAAGUUUCGACUGCUGGAAUCCAAUCCGGAAAUCCUGGCUCUGUACAAGGAACUCGUUGUGACGGGAAUUCUUAGCUCCGAAGAAUUUUGGACCAGACCGGAGUUUGUUACCCUUACACCGAAGUCUUCUAGCUUUGACGGUGUCGCUCCUGGAUCUCAGCGCAAGUCCGAUUCACGCGUUACCCAAAACACAUCAAACCAUGCUCAGACUGCUCCAGAUACGUCUUCCUCAACAACGGGCCAAAUUUCUCGAAGCUUCAACCUUGCAGACAAACCACAGGCUCUAGGAGUUCCAAGCAAUCUGCUCAGCGAUAUUAAACCGGAAGCAGACGGUGUUAAUGGUAUAAAGUACAACCUCACGCACGACACAAUUGAUGCGAUUUUCCGUGCUUAUCCCACCGUCCGCCAGCGUCAUCGUGAACUUGUUCCCGACAAGUUGUCCGAGGCCGAUUUUUGGGUCAAAUUUUUUCAAUCGCACUACUUUCACCGGGACCGUGUACAGAUUCCCAAGGAAGAUAUUUUUGCUGAGUGUGCCAAUCUGGAUGAACGUCAUUUUCAAAACGAACUACGCCGUUCCCGUCGAAAUCGGAUUUCAGCAUGUCUAGAUCUGGAAAAUCUUUCCGACCAUGACCUAGGAUCUGGUUAUGGCUCUGAAUGUGUGUCGACGUCCUCCGCGCCCAACACACUAAACUCAGCUGAUAUGCCGAAGGCUGCUGAUGGGACGAAAACUCCUUCGUCGCAGUCUAGCAACUAUUCGGCCAACCAGCUUCUACUUCGGAGAUUCAAUAACCAUUCCCUUCUGGUUUUAAAAUCUCUGGGUGCCGGUGAUAUUGCAAGUGGUUUGAGCUGCAGUACAAGUGUAGCUGAGUCAUCGGGACACUUGGGUGCUUCCCAAGAAUCUCCAUCCACAGUUAUGUCAACAUCGUUAAAAGAACGGGUCUAUGGUCCAGAACUUGCUGACACUCCACCACAGCCACAUUAUCCACUGGAGCUCGCCGGUGUCAGUGACUACCUGGAAGGUCCCGUGUCGAUAGAUCAGUCAAUCACAGAACAUUCAUCUACUGUACACCCGCCUAAGCAGCCAUCUUUUUCUUUCUCUCCCUCUCAGCUGAUGCGUGGUUUGAAAAGGUGCCAAACAUCGGUAACAGCAGCGUAUCAAUCUAAACGGAAACCGCAUGCUCCAGUGGUAACAACAUUGGAUGCACAAUUGGCCCUUGUGGACGUUUCCCCUGGAGGUUGCCUUGUGGGAGGGAAAGGUGUACCCGAUGAACUAAAAUCUUCCCGAACUGAUCGAACUGAGACCAAUGAGACCGUUGGCUGCCGCGUUCCGCUUGAUGCCUCGCACCCUACCCGAAACCCCAGUUCUACACCAGGGCAGGCACGUGCUACUCCAUCUACAGGCAAUGAUAUGGAUCGAAGUCCCGCCAUGCUAAAUUCAGAGCAACUGCGUGAGUUGGCCCUGCUUUAUGCGAGCGCCUCUGAGCUUCUGCGACAUUUCUGGGCCUGUUUUCCGGUGACAAAUCAACAGUUGGUUGAGAAAUUAGAACGCAUUGCCACAAGUCUCACCCGCUUCCGUACGACGAAGGUGGUACACUUCGCGGCUUCUUUGGAUUCUUCUUCUGGAAAGCCUGAUUCCAGUUUACCCUCACACAACUCCGACGGUGGUCUUAGUCGAGGUACGAUAGCUCCUCAAUCGUAUCGACCGCGAGUCACCAGUCACCUUGAAUGUAUGCUCGAUGCUGCACAGCGCAAGGGAAAUGGAAUCAAAUGUACUGAUCAGGUUAUCAGGUUCCUUGUCAUGUUCUGUUUGCUCCCCAACGCCUUGAUUGAUCCUGGUUGGUCUGCGGAAUUUAGUCAAUGCACACUACUUUUCGUCUGGAUAGUAGUGCGAAUUAUUAACUUAUCCCCCCAAAUUCCAGCUCAAACUGGUUUCCUUUAUGCACUCGACUGUUCGUCACCCAACUGCUCUGACGAGCCAAGUGCCGGAAGUUCUAACUGGUUGUUAAGCCCUGAGCAGAAAAAAAUCCAUAGAUCAACUUUUGAGGGGUGCACAGUUCCCAUUUCCGAUCGAUGUAUGGACUCGACGGACAACUUUCAUUCUGAAUUCGCGGCGUCACCAGAUCACGAGUGA